GAGCUGGCAACGCGGACGGACGUUCUCCGAGAACUUGGACCUCGAGUAGUUUUAGAAAGUUAAAGCUCAGCAGCUGCAAAUUGCAAAGAACAUAAUCACAUACCCAUUGAUCUCGAUUGCCUUACGAAGAAAAGUUUUGGAAACGGCUAAACCUCGUUAAAUGUUAUAUUUUCUAACACAAGUGCAAUUUCUAAAUAAAUUUUUUAUGUUGUGUAUACGUUAUAAGUAAUCUGAUAUCUGAAAUCUUAAAUCAAACUAGAUUUUGAAGAGUUGAAAAAAGUAAAGCUAGGAAGUGCAAUGAAUCAAAUGGUUUGGUGGAGCUGAACCUUAAAUACCUCUACAUACAUUCAUAACAACCUAGGUCAAUAUUGUUUAAAGUGGCGUGUGAAUGUGCGCAAAGAUAACAACAACGAUUGCUAGUUGCCCAGCAGAUAAUAAACAGCAAUCGCACACACAGGCGCACAUUGGACCACACACUCGUGACUAGAACAUAUAUAUUCACGGAAAUCGGAAAACAACAACACGCAACUUCAGAGAAGCAAGAGAGAAGCACGAUUCUAAACUUGAAACUAAUAAUUUUAUAAUAUCAAAGCGCGAAGGUUGUUCACGAGUGGCUUGGCUCGGCCAAAAACGAAAAGAGCCGAGGGCCCCCGAGUGUUUGACAUCAAGUAUACGUACGAUCGCUUGCUCAGCGCUUUCAGCAGCGCCAGUACUAACAAUAACAAUAACAAUAUAGCGACAGCGAAACGGAAAACAGAAACAGAAAUGUUCCUUACCUAACGGUCUCAGUGUGUUUUGUAAUUGGUCAUCGUCAAGUGAGAGAGCGAAUUGUCGCAGCGAUUGCGAUUACGGGUACGGUUCUGGUCGUCGCUCCUCAGUGAAAAAGUUUCGGCGGAAAACACUUGCCCCUGGUCGAUUUGCUUGCUUGGACGCUCGACUCCUAGAACUUACAAAAAUCGGCGAAGCAGGCAAAAAGUGUUCAGCAAUCGCUAUAUAUAUAAAACCAACUUUGGAUUACCUUUCGGUAUCAAGAAGGACAAUAAGGAGCAAUUUUGCGGAUUUUCCCGAUCAAUUUUAUGAUUCAGCCACAACCAACAUGGUUUACUAUUCCGCUAACCAGCUGCUCAUAAAAACGGAGCAAUCUAGUCAGGCGCAGUUCUGUCUUCAGGUGCCGCCCCCACUGACGGCGACGACCACGAGUGUCGGAAUUGGAGUUCCACCAUCCGGCGGCCAGCAGGAGCAAUUUGAGUUGCUGCAGACACCACAGCAGCGGCAAUUGCAACAACAGUUGCAGGACCAGCAUCACCAGGAGCAGCAGCAGUUUGUCAGCUACCAACUGGCCAUCCAGCAGCACCAAAAGCAGCAGCAACAUGAAAGUAUUACGACCACAACUCCGACUGCAGCAGCCCCACCCCCUCAGCGGAUCAAGACAGAGCCGUCCGCCGUGUUUUCAACAUCAGCGGCGGUGUCGCAGGUGCGCAAGCCGAGCGUCAACAAGCCGCAGUUCAAGUGCGAUCAGUGCGGCAUGACCUUUGGCAGCAAGUCGGCCCAUACCUCGCAUACCAAGUCGCACUCAAAGAAUGCCGAUCUCUCACUGAAUGGCGCAGUGGGCGCGGGGGUCGUUGCGACAUCGGCGGCCAUCGAGCUGAAUGAUGCGGGUCUGCCGAUCGGCAUUCCCAAGAGUCCGACCAUCAAGCCUCUGGCCAACGUAGCUGCCGGAGCCGAUCCGUAUCAGUGCAACGUGUGCCAGAAAACGUUCGCCGUUCCCGCCAGGCUGAUCCGCCACUACCGCACCCACACUGGCGAGCGGCCGUUCGAGUGCGAGUUCUGCCACAAGUUGUUCAGCGUAAAGGAGAAUCUGCAGGUGCAUCGGCGAAUCCACACGAAGGAGCGGCCGUACAAAUGCGACGUUUGCGGACGGGCCUUCGAGCACUCCGGGAAGCUGCACCGGCACAUGCGCAUUCACACCGGCGAGCGGCCGCACAAGUGCUCCGUGUGCGAGAAGACGUUCAUCCAGUCUGGGCAGUUAGUGAUCCACAUGCGUACCCACACCGGCGAGAAGCCGUACAAGUGCCCGGAGCCGGGCUGCGGAAAGGGCUUCACCUGCUCCAAGCAGCUCAAGGUGCACUCGCGGACGCACACUGGCGAAAAGCCCUACCACUGCGACAUCUGUUUCCGGGACUUUGGAUACAACCACGUGCUGAAGCUGCACCGUGUCCAGCACUACGGCUCCAAGUGCUACAAGUGCACCAUUUGCGACGAGACGUUCAAGAACAAGAAGGAAAUGGAGGCGCACAUCAAGGGUCAUGCCAACGAAAUCCCCGAGGACGAGGCGGAGGCCUCAGCGUCUGCAGCAUCAGUAUCGGCGGGUUCCUCGGCCGGGUCGCCGUCCUUGCAGGGCGUCAGCAGCAACUCUGAGAGCAGCAACCACUCGCCGCCCAGUUCACCGCCGGCCACAAAGAAGCCUCGCCAGGCCCGUCAGCCGCGUAGCUCCAAAGCUGGGACAGCAGCCCUCUCUGCCGCUUCUUCCUCGCCCCUCUCGCCCAGUUCGCUCAGCUCCACGUACUCGCCAUCGGCCAGCAGUCUGGCCUCGCCUCCGCCAACGUCGGCCCACUACCUGCCCGUUCAGGUGGAGACGGAUGCCUUGAGCCGGGACAGCGGUGUGUCAAGCGCCCAGCCUGCCCACAGCAGCUACACAGACGAGGAGCCGACCGACCUGAGCAUGCAACAGGGCCAGAGCCAGGCGACGGCGCCUUCUGUGGACUUCUACCAGGCCCCGCCAAAUCUUCUGGAGCUGCAGCCUCAAGCCCCUGGCCUCACAAUCAAUCCCGCUUUGCUCGAAGCAGCCAACAUGGCCCGUCGUCAUCACGACAACGAUGACCAAGUGCAGGAUGAAGACGUGCACGCAGCGGCAUGGCAAAUGAUGCAGCUUCGUCGAGGCCACGGGUCCUUACAUCCAGCUGAGACGCAGACGCAGACUCAGACGCAUCAGCAACACGUCCCCACUCUGCACGUCAGUGAUCUCGCGGCCAACUACGAUGACACCCAUGAAGCCACCGUCCUAAUCGAACACUUUAAACGGGGUGAUCUCGCUCGCCACGGACUUCACAAAGGCUAUGCGCCAGUGCCCAAAUAUGAAUCGGCUCUACCUAAUCCGGACAUCGUGCGACGCGUGGAGGCAGCGAUUGGACUACGGUCCAGCACCGAGUCACCCGAACGUAGUUCCUCGCCGGAGAGCGACUCCCUGAUGAUGGCCGAUCGGAACGUGAUGACGCUUCCGCUCCGUAAGCGUAAACACUACAUGAACAAGGGCGAUAACGGUCAGGUGGAUCCCGAAAAGGCCCUGGUGGCUGCCGGAGAUGCAACUUCCUCCGCCAGUGCCGCCGGUUCUGCUGGCGCCGGGGAUGGACCCGGGUCCAAGGUGAUGAGAAUGAGCUCUGUUAUCCAGUUCGCUAAGGCAUCUUAGGGGUCUACGACCUCUCCCCAAUCAGCAUUAAGACUGUCCAAACCAAUUCUAACUGAAAUUAGUUUAAGUUUUUUUCUCUGAGGUUCGACUCUAGGCCUUGAAAAAACAAAAAGAUGGAGAGAUAAAGCAGAGGGAUAUUUCUCAAGCAGCGAAAAUGAAAAUGCCAAAAGUAUUAUAAAAGGAGAAAAUAUGUUUUAAAAUGAAUAUAUUUUCUAUUAUUCUUAUUCUAUUUUCUUGAUCCGAUUUUUGUUAAGAUUUUGAUUUUAAAACAGUUUUCCAAUAUUGUAAAAUUUUAAUUUUAUUUUGGCAUUUAGGUAGGUUUUUUCCUGUGUUUACACUUAGUCAAAUUGCAACAAUUGGCAUUAUGCGUAUUAAGCAUUAGCAUAACUAAGUUAUAUAUAAUACGAUCACUUAACAAGACCCAACCCUAGGUCGUACACAA